AUGCCCCGCCGCGGCGCAAAUUCGUCGUUCGGCAGCGACGCCAUCACGACGACCGCGCUCCCCCAGAAAACUCAAUGGCCAGCGACAUUCACCGACGGUCUACCCUUACCCAAGAUAGUGGUCUUCGAUCUGGACUACACACUCUGGCCAUUUUGGGUCGACACACAUGUCACGGGGCCGCUCAAGGCGCAAGAAGGCGGGCUGAAGGUCAAGGACCGAUACGGCGAGGGCUACGGCUUCUAUGCUGAUGUUGGAGGCAUUUUAGACGCGCUCAAGCAAAAAGGCAUUCUCAUCGGCGCCGCCUCACGCACACACGCACCCGAUCUCGGCCGUGAGAUGCUCAAGCUCCUCAAGAUACCCAGUUCCACUUCCUCCUCAUCGUCGCGCGCCAUAGACUACUUCGACCACCUGCAAAUAUACCCCGGAAACAAGACAACCCACUUCGAGCGGAUACACAGGGAUUCAGGCAUUGAGUUUGAGGAUAUGCUGUUUUUCGAUGACGAGAGUCGGAAUAAGAAUGUCGAGGUGCUUGGGGUAGUCAUGCAACUGAUACUAGACGGAGUUACAAUCAAUGAGAUCGACGCGGGUGUGAGGAGUUGGAGGAAGAGGCAUAACAAGGUGCCCAACUAG